AUGGCGCGUGGGCACAUGUCUACAGGAAGUUCUUCAGUAGCUUGUAAGGAAGAAAAGCAACGUACGGAAUUCUUUCCGGAAGAAUGUACAAAUUCCAUGAAAGAAACGACUUUUGUCAACUGGAUGCUAGCGACUCCUCCAGCUUCUAUUGUUGUAUCCGACAUUUCGCAAAUACUUAGGGUAAACUUAAAGAGUAAAGAGAAUAAAGAACAAAUUGAAGAAAGUGAAUACAUCAAUCCUUUAUUACUACAACAGAGCGAGGAGAUCGAAACCAUAAGAAAGACAAGCUUGUUUGCUCAAGAUGUUACCGAGACAGAGCAAGAUAUAAUUGACAAGAGAGUUGCAUUACAACAACGACAGUAUGCCGAAUUCGAACGGCGUGAAUGUGAACGUAAAUCGCGCAAGAUUCGUGGUGUAUUUGAAUUUGUUUCUGAUGAAGAAAUUUCGGAGGCAUUGCGAGAUUGUGAGAAUGAUGAGGAAGAAGUCAUUGUGAGAAUGACUCAGCCUCGAUAUCUUAUUGAAAUUCGUAAGACAAUUGCAGAGCGAAAUUCGCGUGUUCUGCACAUAAACUUGAUGACAGACGAACAGAAAGAAGCCUACGAACAACUCUUGAAGAAAAGAAAGGAAACUUUGAAGAAAACAACAGGAGAAAACGCCAAAAAACAAUAUCGCAUGAAAGGUCGUCUUGCAUUAGAUGAUGCCUUAAAACAAGUUCAAGAUAACACCAAAGAUCUUGAAAAGGCGUUCGAAGGUUGGUCGGAAGCCCGCAUUAAGGCGUACAAAGCCAUUGAUACGAAACCAAACACAUAUUAUUAUAGAUUCAAUGCACCUGGUGAAGAACAGAAGAAGGGUCAAUGGACAAAGGAAGAAGAAGAGCUUUUUUUCCAAAGAUUAAAAGAGAUUGGAUCUGAUGGUCAGUGGGGUAUAUUUUCGAUGACCAUUCCUGGUCGCGUUGGUUAUCAGUGUUCAAAUUUCUAUCGACUGUUAAUUGAAACUGGUCGUGUCAAGGAUCCUAAUUAUGUACUUGAUGAGAAAGGCAAAGCACAUUAUCUGUUCAGCACAAAGAACAAGAAAACAGGAGAAACGGAGAGAACGUUCAGAACACAUACAAAGCACGGAAGUGGAGGAGCACGAGCAAAAAAUUCUUCGUCAACGGUUACCCGAUCAACUCCGGCAAAGAAGAAGCGUAAGACUAGAACACGAGCGCAAGCGUCUUCGAGUAAAGAACCUUUCAGUCAAGAUAUUGAAAUGGAGGAGAUAGAAGACGAAAAUCCUUUGCCCGAUUUUAUUGAUCCUAUUACUCUUGAAGUGGUCGUGAAACCCGCAAUUUCCCCCUAUGGUCACGUGAUGGGUUAUGACAAUUGGGUCAGAUGCCUUUCUUCAGAAGCAAAGAAAAAUAUUUGCCCACUGACCAAAAAGCCACUGUCAAAACGCGAACUAGUAAUCUUAACGAAAGAUAAUAUUGACCAAUAUAGAUCUAAAAUAGUCAACCUGGAGUAA